AUGGGUAGAGGACAGCUUAUAUUGAUCGAGGGUCUUGAUAGGUCUGGAAAGUCGACGCAGUCUGGAAUACUUCUGGAAAGACUUCCAGGUGGGAAAUUGAUCAAAUUUCCCGAUAGAUCAACUAAGGUAGGUUCUAUUAUCAAUGAGUACUUGACAAACUCCGAAUUGAACUUAUCAGAUCAGACUGCUCAUUUACUUUUCUCUGCCAAUAGAUGGGAACUAGCAGACUCUAUAGUAAAUGACUUGAAUAAAGGUCAUUUCAUUGUUAUGGAUAGAUACAUAUACUCAGGCAUAGCUUAUUCUUUAGCGAAACUGCGCUUCUCGAAUGAUUCAAGUCCAGAAAUGGCCAGCAUUGAUUGGUUAUAUUCGCCAGAUAAAGGUUUGCCCAAACCCGACUUGACUAUCUUUCUAACAUUGUCUUUAGAGGAAUUGAGUAAUAGAAAAGGGUGGGGUGAAGAAAGAUACGAAAAAGAAAACUUUCAGAAAUCCGUGAAAAAUUGUUUUUUAGAAGUCUUGAAUGCUGAUAAUGAUGCUUCGGUUCACAUAAUUGAUGUUAAUAACUUGAAUAUUGACCAGGUCACCGCAAAAAUAUGGGAUCUUAUUGAACAAAAAAAUCUAAACAAACAAACAGAAAAUUCUAUUGAAAGAUUUACAUAA